GCCCCUUAAUAGGUGCGGACGUGUCGCGCCAUCUAGACGGCAAAUAACGUACUGGGAAACGCGCCCAACCAACCGGCCCAACCUCCCCGCGGCAGCAAGGCAGCCGCAGUCGGAUGAUCAUCAGAUCGGGAUGGCCGCAAGAAUAGUGCUCUGCAGGAUUUGUGCUCCCUUACUUGGAAGGAACCAGCAGCUUGCUGUGCGGAGUAUCGGUACGACAUCCAGCAGAAAUGCCCAGUUUUGCAAAUCGGCCGAUGAGGCCAUCAAGGAAAUAAAGAGCGGUUCCAAGCUGCUCGUUGGAGGAUUUGGUCUCUGUGGGAUCCCUGAAAAUUUGAUCGCUGCGCUCUCAAAGACAAGUGUGAAGGACCUUGUUGUCGUCAGUAAUAAUGCCGGUGUGGAUGGCUUUGGGCUUGGGAUACUCCUCAACACGCGACAGGUAAAACGGAUGAUCUCCUCGUAUGUUGGCGAAAAUGCAGAGUUUGAGCGGCAGUAUUUGUCAGGCGAGCUUGAAUUGGAAUUUGUGCCGCAGGGAACCCUGGCUGAGAGACUUCGUGCUGGUGGAGCGGGCAUACCGGCUUUCUUCACACCCACUGCAUAUGGCACACUGAUUCACAAGGGUGGAGCCCCAAUCAGAUAUGACUCUAAUGGCAAUAUUUCCAUCAAAAGCGAGCCGAGGCAGCACCAGGUAUUCAAUGGCAAGAACUAUAUCAUGGAACAUGCCAUCACGGGUGAUUUUGCUCUUGUUAAGGCGUGGAAAGCAGACAAGGCUGGAAAUAUAGUCUUUAGGAAAACAGCAUCGAAUUUCAAUCCAGUAAUGUGCAAGGCAGCAAAGUACACAAUAGUUGAAGUGGAAGAGAUUGUUGAGACUGGUGCCUUGCCUCCUGACCAUAUCCACAUUCCGAGUGUCUAUGUGGAUGCCAUCUACAAAGGAACAAGCUUUGAGAAGAGGAUUGAGAAAAGGAAGCUGAGGGAAAAAGCUGGUGCUGGUUCUAGUGGAAAAGAUGACCUGAGAAGCCGCAUUAUCCGAAGGGCAGCUCUAGAAUUCCAGGAUGGCAUGUAUGUCAACCUUGGCAUUGGGAUCCCUGUGCUUGCAAGCAACUACAUUCCCAAAGGAGUUCAUGUGGUGCUGCACAGUGAAAAUGGAAUUCUUGGAGUUGGUCCAUAUCCUACAGAGGAAGAGGUCGACCCUGACUUGAUUAAUGCAGGCAAGGAGACUGUCACCGCACUGCCUGGCGCUUCGUACUUUGGCAGUGACGAAUCGUUCGCUAUGAUCCGAGGAGGCCACAUUGACCUUACAAUGCUUGGUGCAAUGGAGGUGUCACAAUAUGGGGACCUCGCUAACUGGAUGAUUCCGGGCAAAAUGGUGAAAGGCAUGGGAGGCGCCAUGGACUUGGUUUCCAGCAAAGCAGCUGGCACUAAAAUUGUCGUCACCAUGGAACACGUGGCAAAAGGGGACAAGCCUAAGAUAAAGAAGGAGUGCACACUGCCGCUCACCGGAGAGCGCUGUGUUGACCUCAUCAUCACUGAAAAGUGUGUGUUUGAAGUGUGUGAAAAGAAAGGCCUCACACUGGUUGAGAUUGCAGAUGGCCUUAAGGUCGAUGACAUCACCAAUAGUACAGCCUGCCCAUUUGAGGUGUCACCAAACUUAAAGCCAAUGCAGCAAGUUGAGCUCUGAAGUUUACCUGUGACCUGAACUUAUUUUUACUUUGGAUACGAUACUUUUGUAUGUUACAGUAUGUUGAUCUUGUUGUGAACAUGGGAACAGCAGUGGCUAGGUGCGGUGAGUGUUGUGCACUCUGGUGUACAUUAUACGCAACUAUUUUGUAAUCUGGCGACAUGCAUUUUGUAAUUUCUUUAUAUUGCUCUUCUUUCACAGUUUUAUUUUUUGACACAAUUGUCGUUGACAUGAAAGAAAAGUAGCGAUAUUUUCGUAAUCGAAUGCCAUAUUUUGUGUUGCUUUUUAUGGUCUAUUGAUGUGUUCCUAGCUAUUAUUGUUGCGAACAAGUACAAAUGUAAAUUUUUUUCUGGUUUGUAAUGGUAUGCAUUUAUACCAGCAUUACUACCAUUAUAGUGAUCGCUUGUUAUGGUUAGGGUCCUUCGUUUUCUAGUAAAACCUGACAAUUCCCAAUUUUUGCACCCUGAAAAAUGAUGAAAUUAAUGAAAUGAUGAAUUGAUGAAAAUAGUGUUAAACUUUGUUUCACUCUGAAGUUUGCCCCUUUGUAAGCGUUACAAGAGGGGCAAACACGUGCAAAAUGCAGGUGUUACAAACUAACGCAUGCUGUCCACCUUUUGUGAGCAAGUGGUUAAGAUAUAUCGUACUACUAAUAAUAUUUAAUAUUAAUAUAUAAAUAUGGUAUUAUGCCUCAUUUUCAUUUAACACUCAACCAUAUAUAAAUAUAUGGUACAUUCAGCACAUGCUCGCCCUGAUAAAUACAUGUGUUUACACAAAUAUGACAGUAACACAUUUCAUCACGCAUCCUGCAUGCAUGCAUGUCUACAGCAGUUAUAUGGUAGGAAAGCAACUGAUGCAGUGUUGACAUUUCUGUGCAUUGUGAAUGGUUGCUUUGAUGUUGAGAGAAUGUUUACCCAAGCAGGUUACGCUCCUGGAGGGGUGGCUGAUUCAUUUAGCUUGUAUUACAAUAAUUUUGUUGCUAGAGCAUGCCGUAUUUUUGCACAUACAACCCACACCAAAAAUGUUUAAAAAUUUAACAGUAAAGUUGUAGUGCAGGUUACAUGCAAAUUUCACCUUGAGGUGUGGCUUUACAGUAGCUCUGCACAUGCUGCCAUGGAGUCAUGCCUCAAGGCAAGGUUCUCCAUCAUUCAGUUUUGUUACCUCCUAGAGAACCUCACCCCUCUCCCCACUCCUGCAUGGGGUGAGCAGCGAAGAACUGACCACGGGCCAAAGAUACGAUUUAGACGCAUUGUGAAUCCGCAAAUGGAGACUGUUCUUGCGAAAAUUUAAGUGCUGUUGUGUGCAGUUAUUUCCCGGGGCUAAAUGCACUAUCUUUUUUUUUUUCGGGUUGUUGGAACUAGAGGUGUGGGUUAUGGGCGGUGGUGGGUUAUAUGUAAGAAUGUGCUGUAUAUUGGGAACCAGUAAAAUGAUUGCAGCUAAUGAGGACAGUAAGUCCGAUAGGCUUAUGAUCGACACAACAAUGCUCUCAAUUUUUGUGAUAAUGUACGUCAACAAUGGCAUGUAAGAUAAGGAAAAUCAUCACACGUCCUUCAAAACAUGUUCCUGCACACUGCUUUCUGUACUUUUGUUGCUGUGUUAAAAAGUGCCGAGAACACUAUGAAGAACAGAUCACCAAACUCAUCUCUUUUUGUUGCUACUAUUAAUUUUUAAGUUUAUUAAGUUUAUUAUUAAAUUAAGUUUAUUAAUGAUACCUGGCAACAAGGAUUUGUAAAGAUGAGUUCAUUCCUGCGAGUGAUUUUGCUUGUCUAAAUAGAACCUUGUAGAACAUUGGAGAAUAUUGCUUGUCUUAUUUUGCUUGUAAAAGUUAAAAAAUAACCUAAACUUUUGGCUGCUGCGUGACAAAACCCUUGAUCUCGUCCCAAUAUUUUUCCAGACAAACACAUAGCCUGAUUUUCCUCCAUUUUUCUCCUUAAAAAUAACACCUAAUUUUCGACCCCCAAAUUUCAAAUAGUAUAAAAACUGAAGACAAAGGACCCUAGUUAUGUUAGCCUACUACAGCGUGAUACUUGUGCUGAUCUGAUAGUGUUGAAGCUAAACAAUUAAAUUAUGCUCUCUAGUCUCUCGCUUUUCAUUGGGUUUUGUUUUCUUUAGUUUGUGCCAAAAGAUACAUUAACAAAGUGUGUUGCCAACUAUUUCAUGUUUCUGAUGUAAAGCUGACUGCAUUUUAUGCCACUAAGUGAAACAUAGCAUAGCGCCCUGCUGUUAAGAAAGAAAGAUAAGUGAAUAAAAUGGUUUUUACGCAAUUAAUUUGGUUUUGUAGCAGCACCACAUAUUUGUGAACUGUCACUGCUUGGAUUGUGCAAACUGUAUUACAUUUUUGGGCUUCCAUGUUGAUAAAGGCUUGCCAUAAUAAAUUGAAAAUUAUGUUUGUUGAAGAGCUCUUGUCAGCAUAAUUAUGCUGGCUUUCCAAAAAUAAAAGUAAUGUCAUUCUUGA